AUGACCAGUAGACAUACUCUGAGAAACGCACAAGGAGAUGUUGCAUUCGAAGAUGCUCUGCAGAUUCGUCCAUUGCUCAAGUUUUUUAGAAACUGUAGAGAGACUCAAGAGGAGAUCAAGGUCCUCUAUACCAAAGCUCUGUCUACACCAGCACUGAAGGUAUUGCCUAAGGUUGAUGAUCCUGGAAAGUUUGUUUUCCCAUGUUCCAUCGCAGGAACAACCUUCAAGGAUGCUCUUUGUGACUCUGGUUCUUGUGUGAAUCUCGUCUCAAAGGCUAUUGUAGACGAUUUGGGUAUUGCUGAUGUUGAGCAUUCUCAGCUGACCCUGACCUUUGCAAACUCUUCCAGAGCAUUCCCAUAUGGAACCAUCCGUAGCCUUCAUGUUCAAAUAGGGGAAUGCAUUGUUCCUGCUGAGUUUCAAGUUGUUGAGAUGAACAAGGAUCAUGAGAUGCCUUUGAUAUUUUGA